AGUAUUCAACAAAGUGAAGAAGGAUGUAAAUAAGGGUGAAUCUCAAAAUUAUGCAAGUUGCAAAAAGGACUGUACCACCACUUAUGACUGCAAGUUCAUUCUAUUAGGAGUCAACACCAUUGCAAAAUAGCAAACAUUUUUUCAUUUGAUUGAAAAUCAAAAUGGAUGAUAAUAAUGUUGUAUUGAAAGAAAAACCGACAGGACCGACGGAGUCCCAGUUCAACAAUAAAUUUCAUCAAAAUGCAUCUGCCAAACAUUCCGGCCCCUUCUAUAUCUCCCCCUUACUAUUUGACAACAAACGUCUGCGAAGGAAACGCCUACGAUGGGCCAAAGCUUUGCUGGUUGCGGCAGGCUUCAAACUGAAACGGAAAAAGACUGAACGAAGUAAACGUGAUUUAUCCGCUUUACGGCCCGAUGUUACAAUUGAUUUAUUGUCGGAUGACGAACAAAAGUCUUACAACUCUAAUACAGAUCAAACGAAAAAUGUUUUAAUUGAAAAGUCAACAUCAAAAUCAAUGUCCAAUGGGCCACCCCCACUCGUACCCUUAUCAAACAAGUCACCGUCAUCUAAUCAACUUUUAUCGCUGGUUUAUCCCAACCAGAGCAUAGAAAUUUCAAAAGUGCCGAAUAUAACACUUAUUCCUGUACAGAAUUUAACAAACGCAGCAGCACCACCUAUCGCUUCGGUAGCGCCAAUGCCACGUCGUGUAAAACGCAAACGUAAAUCACAACUACCGAAACGCCAUGAACAACCCACUAUCGUAAAUAAUGAAAGUAUAGUGUUGAGUGAUGAUAGUGACAUUGAAGUAAGCUCAGCGUUGACGCCAGCAAAAACAAAAAAACAUGCCAUCAACGCCUUGGAUUCGCCAGUGUCAACAACAGCAACUGGAACCUUGCCUUCAGCAACAUUGGCGCACAUGUCGCCACAAUCUCAAUCACCACCCACGCCCUCGAAACCCACCAAAUAUCCUACACUUUUAACGCCUUACAGUGGACAAGUCGAUGAAGAAGUGACCGUUUCGAUUGUACCUCGCUCCUCAUCUGCGGGCGCAUGUCCCAAGGCGGAAGCCAACGAAUUAUUUCCAAUGCUGCCCGAUGAAACCACUGUACAUACAGUAAUCGCGAAUCGUACGUAUGAACUAUCACUGACAAAAUUGCGAGAAGGCCUUGCCUCAUGUGGUAUACCAGAAUUUGCUAAUGGGCAGCAAAAAGUGACGACAACGCGGCGCAAGGGUCAAGUUGUAGAUACGCCACCAAUGGUUUCGCCUACACCGGCGCCGAUUUCACUGAAAUUAUCCAGUGAUUUAAGCAUUUCAUUGAUCUCAGAUGACGAUGAUGACAUCCUCGAACAACAGCAGCAACAACGUCUAGCUGCAGAGAGCUUAUUACAAAAACAGCCACAACUUAUGGUGCAACACUUGCAACUACCAGCGGGGGAAAUUUUGCCUUCAGGUGCUAAUGUGGCGUUGGUUGGUCCGCCCAGGAUGGCUCCGCGCCGCCGAAAACUCUGUUGAAUAGUGCUCAACAUUCGGGUACAAAGCGAGUAAAGCUAAAAUGUGUAUAAUGUAUUUUCAAAAGUGCAUAGCUGCAAUGAAAAAAACUAAACUAGACAAGCUAGUUUCUUAUCACCUCAUUGCUUUUACAUACGUACUAUAUUCCCUUAACAUUUUACACGUCAAAGGCUUUAAUGGAUCAUUGCACCGCAACCUAAUCGUAUACUUUCCAGAGUCUAAAAUUUGUAGCGUUGAAUUAAUUUUGGAAUUAUAAAAAUUUCUGAAUGAAAAAAACAUAAAGUUAAUUGAAUACUUUUAGGUUACAAUUAUCGAACUACCUUUUAUUUAUAUACUAUUUGAAGCCAGUAUAAAACUACUAUUUUAAGUAUAAAUUUUAUAGCCUUGUGCUAGGACGUUUUUAAACUCGUAAAGUUCGAUUCCUGAAC